AUGUCUACGAAGCGUCUGGACACUUUGCGGGAGAUUGAGCACUCGAUUCAGGAGUUGUGGAACGCGUCGCGACCGUAUGAGACGGAGGCGGGAGAUCUGUCGAAGAAGGAUGAGCAUUUCUUCAUCACAUUUCCCUACCCUUAUAUGAAUGGUAGGUUGCAUUUAGGCCACGCUUUUUCCUUGACGAAGUGCGAGUUCACGGCUCGCUUUCAACGUCUGAAUGGGAAGCAUGUAUUGUGGCCGUUUGCGUUCCAUUGCACGGGCAUGCCCAUAGCAGCUAGCGCGGACAAGAUUCGGAACGAGCUUGCGGACCAGGCUUCGGGCCACGUAGUGGAGAUGGAGCCCGAUGCUGCGGAUGAGACAGCGGCUGUGGCCAAAUAUGCGAGUCGUAGGUCAAAGGCGGUAGCGAAGACAGGUACUGGCAAAACUCAGUCAGAGAUUUUGAUUCAGAUCGGCAUUCCGGCAGAGGAGGUGCCGCGGUUCGCAGAUCCGAAAUACUGGUGUAAGUACUUCCCGCCGCUGGGCCAGCGUGACCUGAAGUUGUUCGGCAUCGGGGUGGACUGGCGUCGUUCGUUCAUCACGACCGACAUAAACCCCUACUAUGACCGGUUCAUCCAAUGGCAGUUCAAUUUGCUUAAGGAGCGGAACUAUCUCAAAUUCGGUUUGCGUCCAGCCGUGUUCUCACGUGUUGAGGAGCAGCCUUGUACGGACCACGACCGCGCAGUUGGAGAGGGCGUGAACCCGGCGUCCAUGCACGUCAUUGCGCUGCCCGUAAUCGAGGUGCCUGCGCAGUUCCAGAAAGUGUGUGCAAACAAAGACACAUUCUUACUUGCCUACAUUAACGAGCAGGGCGCGGAACUCAUUGCAAAGCCCCACUUUUUCCUCAGUCCGGAAGACGAGUUCGGCUUUUACUACGCCUUCGACGAGGCGUUGCAGGCUGAUGACAUCUGCUCUUCAGAGCAAAACUCCUUUAUAGCCAAGAGAGAGGUGGCCAAAGACCAACUGGCCGCUGAGAAACUGAAGGUCUACAUCUGCCCGCCUCGCUGCGCCGAAAACCUUGUAUUCCAAGGUCGACUCCCUGCUGACACCGUCAAAUGCGCCACUGCCAGCUCCGGCGAAAACAAGGUCCACGUUCCGCACCUGCUCGCCUCCUGCACCGGCAAGGACCUCCUGGGACUGGAAACCAGGACCUACGAUGGCUGCUCGACCCCGAUGCUUACCGGCAAGGCGGUUGACAAAAUCGACAAGGGCGUCAAAGUGUCCGUGAGCGGAGUUCCCUCCAAGACGGGCGACGCCGUCAAGACGGGCGACGAAGAAAGGAGGACCAAGCAGCUAGCGCAGCUAAUGAAGAGUGGUCAGUGCUUCCAGUUUUAUGAGCCGGAGAAGCGCGUGGUAUCUCGCUCUGGUGCGGAUUGUGUAGUGGCUCUAUGUAACCAAUGGUAUUCAGACUUCGGUAAUCCGGAUUGGAAGGCUUUGGUACAUGGGCAUGUAGCGAAUGGUGCGAGUUUUGACGGGCACGGGGCGAGUCCUGCGUAUCUGCGGACGAUCAGUUGGUUGGAAGGUUGGGCAUGUUCGCGGAACUACGGACUUGGAACGUUCUUGCCGUGGGAGGCUGCGCGUGGAAACAAGAUUGUGAUUGAGUCGUUGUCGGACUCAACGAUUUAUUUUGCAUAUUAUACUAUCGCCCACUUCUUGCAGGGGGACCUGUACGGCGAGACGCCAGGUCUGUUGGGUGUCCGGCCAGAGGAGUUGAGUCGGGAGGUCUUUGAUUACGUCUACUGCCAGACAGACAAGCUACCCACAGAGACCACCAUCUCAGCAGAAAGUCUGGUGAAGAUGCGCACGGCCUUCGAAUACUGGUACCCCAUGUCCCUUCGGUGCUCGGGCAAGGAUCUGCUCACCAACCAUCUCACCAUGUCCCUCUUCCAUCACGCCGCCAUCUGGCCCAAUCGGCCAGACCUCUGGCCUAGAAGCUUCUUCAUCAACGGCCACAUUUUACUCAACUCUGAAAAGAUGUCGAAACAAAGUGGAAACUUCCUCACCCUCACCGACUGCAUGGAGAAGUUCUCCACCGAUGGCACACGCGUCGCCCUCGCAGACGCAGGCGACUCCGCCGAUGAUGCCAAUUUCGAGGCCGCUAACGCUGUUUCCGCUCUCAUGAAGCUUUACCUCCUCGUCGGUUCUGUCGAGGAAUACAUUGUGUGGAAAAAGGCCGCUGUCUCGAGCCCGGCCCCGGGCGACCAAAGCUUCCGGGAGGGUGAGAAGAACGAGUUAGACCUCAUGUUUGUGUGCGAGUUGGAAUCGCUCGCAGCACAGGCGCAUGUGGCGUAUAGUGUCAUGAGCAUGCGCGAUGCCAAUAAGUUCGCCUUCUACGAGCAGCUAUCUCUUCGAGACUGGUACCGCCAGGCACUCGAUACGGAGCCGAUGCACGCCGAGUCGUUUGAGCGCUGGAUUAAGGUGACUGCGCUCACACUGUCACCGAUCGCACCGCAUAUCUGCGAACACAUCUGGUCCAACCUGCUGGGACAACCGCAGUUGAUCGUGAAGGAGGCAUGGCCGGUGCCGACAAUUCCACGCGCGGAGGCGGCUGUGCUGCAUCUCAAGUUCGCGCUUUUGAACGGGUUUGCGGAAGACGUCCGCAAAACGGUCGAGAAAUCGAACAGCAAGAAACAGUCCACAGCCAAGGCCAUCAUCGGCUACGUCGCUCGAAGCUACCCCCAGGACAAACUCGCUGUCCUCCAGGCCCUAGCCACUGUACCCAAGGAUGACCAAGGCAUCCCGCUCGAGCCGAAAGGUUUCCUCGCGCAAGUCAAAAGCGAUCCUGCCGUGCAACAAAUCUGCGCAGAAAAUCGCAAGGCACUACCCGGACUCAUGGCCUUCGCCUCCCACUGUGUCCGACAAGCCGGCGCACACGGACUACUCGCCUAUGAAACCACCCCGCCCUUUGACGAACUCGAAUUCUUCCGACGACACUCCCCUUACCUCAUCCGCAGCAUCGGACUGCCCCUACAAUUCAAAGACAGCCAGGAACAAACCACCGUCCCCAAAACGGGCCCCGCUACCCCAGGCGCACCCAACUUCGAAAUCGAAUUCUGA